AUGGCAGAGGCUCAGUUAUCAUUCAUGAAUGCUGAAAAGAAAAAUGAGGGGAGAAAUAAAAAUCCUAUUCUGAGGGAAAUGUUAGGAAAACCCGUAAAAGACCGACCACAGGAAAUUCAAAAGCAGCCACAACAACAACCCAAACAGAAAAAUUCAUCAAAGAACUUUUCUGAAUUCCAAAUGUUUUGGAACGACUUACAAAAUGAACUUGACGAGAAGAAUUUCGAGUCUAGUAACUCUCCGCCACAACUCUUUCCGAGCCUCGACUUCCAAGACUUAGAGGACGAAAGCGUGCUGUUCCAAAAAUAUUUAACACCUACAGUUACUGAGGCAACUCCCACCCUGAAACGAGGGAACUCGGUUCCAAAUGGUGCCCCUAAAAAAGAUGCCUACCCAGCAUUUUCCCCAAUAUCACCAGGGCCAAAGAGUACGGCUGCUGCUUUCACGGACUCUUCAGCCAUGGAGACAGCUACCUGUAUCAAGUCCCCGACACAAGGAAGCCAGGGGGCAUUCAGCGGUGUGGAGGACUCAAUUUUAACAGAAUUAAGAAGACGUCACAAGCUAAAAAGAAAAAUGACGCAGAGAUCCUCACAUCCAACCUACCCCCUACAAGAGGAGCUGCGAACUUUGAGAUCGCUGAAGGAUGCUAUGAACGCAAAUGUACAACAGAUGGAGAUAUUGAUUAACUUUCUGGAGGACUAUUUUAGAAGGCGUAGAGUGCAAUUUGUGUCCAUGUAAUUUUCUUGCUUAUGAAGGACGUACAGCAUAAGAAAAA